AGCAGCAAUCGCAGUAUGUUGCGAGACUCCAACGGUGUUGGUUUUGCGUUUUUCACGUCGGAUGUGUACUAGUCAGCGUUGUACCCGUGUGUGACGCAGUGCGGAAUAUGUGGUGGCGUAGGUAGAGGAGAAGGUGCAGUAAUCCGUUUUAACCAAAAAGUGAGAUCAUUCCUCUGUAGUCUACAUCAUCCUCGGUGAGUUGGAAGGUUGUACAAGAGUGCAGUAGGAUUAUAGUAUCACGCAAAGGAUUGGUGAAGGAAAAGUUGGGUCAUCGCCGUUGGUCAGACAGCAGGCGCCUCCUUCGAUCGAUUGUGUUCCGCAGUAGCAGCCGCAGCACCAUCGGAAGAAAGGAUUGCUAGAAACGACAGUAAUGUUCAGUGGAUUCACAGGAGGGGCCAAAACCUCCCUGAAGAGCCUCGGCAGUAAAGCCGAGGGGCUCUUCGACAAGAAGAAAAAGGAAGCUCAGGAUUUGGCCAAUGAGAAAGUUCAGACCGCCCAGAGCAUGGCCGAAGAUCAGGCAAAAAAGACGCAAGAUGCGUUCAACAAAACCAAGGGAGAUGCGGAAAAUCUGGCUAACUCGGCAGCCAGCGAAGUGGAAGCAACCAAGCAGCAAGCAUCGGCUGCCGCCGAAGGAACCGCACAGGCUGCUGGAACGCUCAUGGAUCAUGCCAAGCAAGCUGCCGAGAAUGCUGUACAGCAAAGUGCACAGGUGGUCGAAAAAGCCAUCGAGGACCAGAUGAAGGUGGCCGAGGAGAAGGUUGACGAAGGCAUGAAAAUGGUCAGCCAGGAAGUCGAUAAAAAGCUACAAGACGCUAAUAAGUAUGCUGAUGAGAAGCGGGGAGAAAUCGUUCAGACCGUCAACGACACCGCCGCCAAGGCACAAGAUUCGGCCAGUUCCACGGCUGCUGGACUACUAGGAAAACUGAACCUUGGAAAAUAGACUCUCCCAGAUACGAAAACAACCAUAAUACGAAUGCGAUAACUGUUCACUGACUCUCCAACGAUGAUAUUAGCGCCUAAUAAAUAGGUAAUCAGCAAGUUCGUCCAAAACUGACGAUUCCCCGUACGGCAAACAUAUUUUUCUAAACAAUAUAUCAUAGGUCAACCAUUUUCCAUUGGUUGAACAGGUUCAUUGUUCGGAACUGCAUUGUUUGCCGAGGUAGCUUCGUUUUUUCAACAUUUUACGAUACCAGGUACACCUUUAUGCCGGUUACCAUUGUUAAUUCUCACAAAUGAACACUGAGCCCCGCGUGCACAAAAUCAAACAUAUUUUACCGCUUGAUAGCGAAAACAAUACGCUAAAUGGCCUUAUGAUACGAAUCUCAACACGUGAUGCAGAAGAUAGAUAAAAGCUAUAAAAUAUAUAAAAACGCAUAUUUUCCGCAGAAGCGCUAAAGUUGUCUCGACAGUUUUUUGAAAACAAUUAGUCCAUACACACUUGAUGUGAUUUUCAAUCUUUUGAAAUGUUUGAUAUUAACAAAUAUAUAUUAUAUGUAGCGUGUAAGCCAACAUUAAUAAUGAUAUACGAAAGCUAUCGUUUGUCAAUAUUUUUAUUCUAUAAAAUGUAGAUUCUACUGCACAGGCAAAAAGCUGAUGGAAUACGUGAAUAAAUGUUACCAAAACCA